GCGAGUGGUGGCGGGAUGCUGAGCGGGCUGCUGGCCUCGGUCUCGCUGGUGGGGCUCGGGCUCGGCGCGCUGCGGGUGGUGGCGCCAGCGGUGGCGCUGUUUGUGGUCCGACGGGCACGGGUAGUGCUCCGGGCGCGCGGGCCGGGUGUGGCGUAUAUGGACCUCCCGCUUGACCAUCCACUGGUGCAGGCGCGGCUGGAGGGGGACGGCGCGGCGGCCGACGACGGCGGUGCGGUCUCGUACGGCGUCCUGCUCGCGCCGCGGGCCGGCGCCAUCGCCGUCCUGGACGAGCUGCGGGCGACCGGAGUGUACAAGGGCGUGUGGGCGACGAUGUUUAUCUCGCUUGUCUCGCGUGGCUUGCACACACUGCUUGACCAGCCAGUCUACACCGCGCUGGUGGCGCAGCGCGGCGAAAAGACUGUCUCGUCGAUGGGCGAGCUGGUGCGCGGGCUCCGGACCUGGCCGCCGCGACUGCGCCUGCCUGCGGUCUUCCCGCUCAACGACCCAUACUACAUCACCGAGCACGUGCUCACCAUUUUGCUCGCACCGCUGCGGACCAUCACGCUGCGGUACAUGAGCGACGUGCCGUCGGCUCACGGCGGGACAGCCAAGCCCAAGUACGCCUCGUGGUGGGACGCGGCCAAGACGGCCAUGGUCUCAGACCGGCUCGACGACCUGGUCUUUGACCUUGUCCAUCACGUCUUUCUGCGGUACUUUGUGCUCAACUUCCGCUCGCCGUGGCUCAACACCCACGUCCUCCUCUCGUACGUGGUCAGCGGCAUCAUCUCCUCGCUUGCUUGCCAUCCGCUUGACACCAUCCGAAUCGUGCUGGCCCGCGACGGCGAGCAGGCGCCCGAGUACAAGGGCCAGCCGUCGGGUUCGGCCCGCUACUCGGCGUUCUGCGGCAUUGCCGACGCGUGGCGCGACCGCAUGACAGAGUACGGGCCGGCAGGUCUCUUCCACGGUUACGAGUUGAUUGCCACCGCACGCGCUCUUCACAUCGUUCUCUCGACGCUUACCGGCGCUGUCUGCGCCCGCCUGGAGCGGCGGCUGCUUAUGUGGGGUUGGUCGUAG